AUGGUGACCCCUAUCAACGCUCCUGCCCUCCCCGCCGACUACCUCGAGCGCGUUUACGCCGGCGUCCUCGGCAAGCUCAUCGGCGUGUAUCUCGGCCGACCUUUUGAAAACUGGACGCACCAGCGCAUCCUCGCCGAACUCGGACACAUCAAGUACUAUGUCAACGACAAGCUCAACCUCCCGAUCGUGGUCCCCGACGACGAUGUCGCCGGUACGUUUGCGUUCGUGCGCGCCCUCGAGGAGCACGGAGUCAGCCCCGACCUCUCCUCCGAGGCAAUCGGCAAGACGUGGCUCAACCAGGUAGUCGAGGGCAAGUCCAUCUUCUGGUGGGGUGGACGCGGCAUCUCGACCGAGCACACAGCGUACCUCAACCUCAAGGACGGUAUCGCGGGCCCUCACAGUGGCAGCAUCGCGACGAACGGCACCACGGUGGCAGAGCAGAUCGGCGCGCAGAUCUUCAUCGACGCGUGGGCGCUCGUGGCGCCCGGCAAGCCUGCACUGGCUGCCCAGCUUGCCGACGCCGCCGGCAAGGUCAGCCACGACGGCGAGUCGGUGUACGCUGCCAAGCUCUGGGCUGCCAUGGAGGCCGAGGCGUUCGUCAGCAACGACAUCGACCACCUGCUCGACACUGGCCUGAGCUUCAUUCCCUCCGACUCGACGAUCGCGCGCGUCAUUGCGCAGGUGCGCGCCUGGGUCAAGGAGGACGGCGACGAUGGAUGGCUCGUAACCCGGCAGCGGAUCGAGGACACCUUCGGCUACGACAAGUUUGGCGGCAUGUGCCACGUCGUGCCCAACCACGCUAUCAUGGUGCUCUCCAUCCUGACGGCCAAGAACGACUUCUCGCGCUCAAUGGAGAUUAUCAAUACCUGUGGCUGGGACACGGACUGCAAUGCCGGCAACGUGGCCUGCCUCAUGGCUAUUGUCGUUGGACUGGAGGGCCUGGAGAAGGACGCAGACUGGCGCGGACCCAUCGCCGACCGUGCGCUCAUCUCGAUCGCGGACAACGGUUACGCGGUGAACAACGCCGCGCGCAUCACGCUCGACAUUGCCAACCUUGGCCGCCAGCUGGCCGGCAAGGCCCGUCUUCCUGUGCCGAAGAACGGCGCACAGUACCACUUCAGCCUGCCCGGCUCGGUGCAGGGCUUCCGCCUCCACGGGCAGGACCAGGCCGGCAAGAUCUACCAGGGACAGAGCGAGUUUGGGCCUGCGCUCGCCAUCCAGGCCGACGGCCGUACCGAGCUCACCACCACCACGGCCAUGCCCAAGGAGAUCACCACCUUCCGCUCCGGCUAUCAGUUCACCAACUCGCCCCUCGUAUACACUGGCCAGACGCUGCGUGCUACCCUGCGCGCCGACUCAACUCUGGCCCAGCCCGCAGAGGUCAAGUUCCGUAUAUACGCAUACAACGACGACGACGAGAUCUACCCCAUCGACUCGGACGCGAGUGUCACUCUCACUCCUGGCGCUGGGGAGCAGGUGCUCGAGUGGAAGGUGCCCGCGAUCGAGGGCUCGCAGCCCAUCGUCGAGGCCGGCGUCGUCGUCACUGGCACUGGCAAGGUGUGGCUCGACUCUUUCGGCUGGGUCGGCCAGCCAGACUUCACCCUUGUUCGCCCCAAGAGCAAGGAGUUCCCCCCGCGCGCCGCGACGAUGUGGGACUUGGCGUGGAUCGCCUCGGUGGACGUCUUCCGCGGGUACGCCGGCAAGACUGUCUUCAUCGCUCAGAACCACGGCCAGGGCCUGCUCAGCUACGGUACCCGCGAGUGGACCGACUACCGCGUCACUGUGCCAGACCUGACGCUCAAGCUCGGCUCGCCGGCCGGCGUUGCCGUCCGCGUGCAGGGCCUGAGGCGAUUCUACGCCCUCGUGCUCGAGGAGGCCGAGGGCAAGAAGGUUGCCAGUCUGGUCAAGCAGUACGACGAGAAGCGGACUGUACUGGCCUCGACGCCGUUCGAGUGGGCGGUCGACACGCCGUACGAGGUGGUUCUGGAGGCCAAGGGUUCGUCGAUCAAGGGGUCUAUCGGCGGUGUCUCCCUCUCUGUGAGCGAUGACUCGUUUGACGGCGGCGCGCUCGGGUUUGUGGUGACUAGCGGUGCCGUGGCAGCCGGAAGUGUUCGUGUUCAGCCUGCGUAG